GUGAUUGAUUACCUUUCAGAUCUGUACCUGAACCAAUCAGUGCCUUACCUGGAGGAGCCACCUGACCCGCUGAUCUUCUACCGCGACUGGAUCGGUCCAAACAAGCCCUGCAUCAUCCGCAACGCCUGCAGCCAUUGGCCGGCCCUUUCCAGGUGGACGCCGGAGUACCUGAGGGAGAAGGUGGGGUCAAAGGUCAUCAGCGUGGCGGUGACUCCUAACGGCUUCGCCGACGCCGUCAACGGCGAUCGCUUCGUGAUGCCGGAGGAGAGACGCAUGAGCUUUUCUUCUGUGCUGGACGUCAUCGAGGGGAAGGUGCAUCAGCGCGGCGUGCUCUACGUCCAGAAGCAGUGUUCUAACCUGCUGGAGGAGCUGCCGGAGCUCACAGAUGACCUGGAGCCUCACGUCUCCUGGAUGAGCGCCGCCCUCGGAAAGUUACCAGAUGCUGUGAAUUUUUGGCUCGGAGAGGCGAGCGCCGUCACGUCCAUGCACAAAGAUCACUAUGAGAAUCUGUACUGUGUGAUUUCUGGAGAGAAAAACUUCAUCCUGCUGCCGCCCACAGACCGACCCUUCAUCCCCUACGGUGUGUAUCAGCCGGCUGUUUACCGUCAGCAGGACGACGGUGAGUUUGAGGUCGUCGAUCAGAGCGACUCUGACAAGGUCCCGUGGAUCCCUCUGGACCCUCUGGACCCGGACCUGGACCGGUACCCGCAGUACCGGAGAGCCCGGCCGCUCCGCUGCAGCGUGAAGGCCGGAGAGAUGCUGUACCUGCCGUCCCUGUGGUUCCACCACGUCCAGCAGUCACACGGUUGCAUCGCAGGUACAAACACUGACGCACCUGAACGCACCACACGGCUGCAUCGCAGUGAACUUCUGGUACGACAUGGAGUACGACAUCAAGUACAACUACUUCCAGCUGCUGGAGACGCUGUCUGAGGUCACAGGGUCAACGUGACAUCACAGCAGCUGCAUGAUGACAGUGACAUCACAGCAGCUGCAUGAUGACACUGUGACAUCACAGCAGCUGCAUGAUGACAGCGACGUGAAGCGACUGAACAAUAAAGUUUAGUUUAAAACUCAA